AUGGUAAAAGUAACUGUCGAACCGAGUGAUAGUUCCAGUACUUUUGGUCUCAUUUGGUUCCCGAGCACUACAAAGGAAUAUUACGUGUCACAGGAUGAAUAUGGCGUUGGUUGUUAUUUCACGAUGCCACACAAGACCAUUGUCAAAAACCUAAUGCCAAAUGUGGCCUACACUUUCUGUUUGAUCGAUGAUCAGCAGAGCACUGUUUCACCUUUCAGUUGCAAGUCGGUUCAUAUUAGCGGAAAUCUGGAGACAAUCCACGAUGCCAACUAUUCGAAAAGCAUGCGUGCCAAAGGCAUAUCUUUGAUGGUUUUUGGCGUCGUUAUUUUUUUAAUCUUGGGCAUAUUGUUAAUGUUUUUGGUUCUGAGGCGGAAACCAAUCUGGUUGAAGGGCAGCAAGCGCAUCGUUAAACCCAAAUUUAGUUCCGGUGAAGUUGUUGUCUUGCCACGCACAAACACCGCAAAGUAUUUACGGCAAAGCGAAGAGUUUAUCUCACAAAAAAAGCAAGGCUUUAACUCAAAGAUUUCGCGAAGCAACUCAACGACGAGCUUGGACAGCACUGACAGCUAUAUCAAUCCAAACUUCUAUGAGAUUAUACCGGCUUAUUUGACAUUCGAUAAGAUACCGCAAACAGAUGCACCCAAACAGCCAGAAUAUGACAUAUAUGAGAGCUGUGAGUUUCGUAAAUCUGUCGCCGAGAGGGAGAGUGUGAGGUAUGCGCAAAUUAAGCCGCGAACAAUGCGUAUUUCCAGCGAUCCGCUGCCAGCGAUUCCUUCCGACCCCUGAUGCCAGUUUGGAGCAACUUUAAAACUUGAAAAGCACAUCAUUGUUCUGAAUACAAGUAU